AUGUUUCCGGCAGGAAGGAUAGUGCUGAGAGCUGCUUCAGGUGCAAUAUAUCAAUCGCGCAGAUGCAAGUUUCAGAAACCAGACACGCAUGUAUAUCUCUUACAAUCUGUCGCUACUCUAGGAGAAAAAGGCGACAUUGUUCAAGUCGGAUUGGGACAUGCUCGUAACUAUUUGAUUCCAUUCAAGCUGGCCUACUAUGUUCCAAGGUUACGAGACAAACCUCUGCUGCCUACCAAUUGGAAGCCAAAGGCUGUCGUCCAAACAGCAACCGAACAAAUCACACCCGCUGUAUGGACAGACCCAAUUAUAACGCAGCAACAGCCAACACAACAACAACAGGACGACGGCUCAAUACAGGAUCGACCAGGAAGACGACCUAUGGCAACACCAUCACAACCGAGUGCUGCAGACAUUCUAAUAGGAGCUCUCAAUCAACGGGAGUCGCUGGAUCUCACCGUCACUUUUAAGAGAGUUAGGAUCAGUGCAAACGAAAGCAAAAUUUAUGGAUCUGUUACAGCAGACGAUGUCGCUACUGAACUCGGAAACAUUCUGGGAGUCACUGUCGUCCCAAGUCUCGUUGAUGGAGAACGAAUCAAGAGUGUAGGAGCACAUCAAAUGAUGCUCAAACUUCCAACUCCAAUACCAAUUCAAGUCGCUGUUGUCGAUGAUGAAUAA